AUGGCUCUACUAUUGCAUGGUCCGAUGGGUAGCCCCAAGCCUGGCAUGCAACAAGGAGGCCACGAAGGAGGAGGAAUGGGAGGAAUAGGUGGAGGUGGAAUGGGAGAAGGAGGAAUCGGAGGAAUUGGAGGAGGAGGGAUGGGAGUAGGAAUGGGUGGAGGUGGAGGAGUAGGGUCUAGGGCUGGCGAGCCCUACCGCCUUGCCACUCACGAGACCCCAACCUUCCCCCGACAUAUGCAGUCAAGCCAGGGUCCUGGCAUGGGGCAUGGCCCAGGGUCUGGCCAUGGGAUGGGUCACGGUCCAGCUGGGUCCGGCAUGGUGGGCCAUGGAGGUCAGUCAAGUCCUGGUCAGCACGCCUCCCGUCGAAACCUCCAAGUCGACUUCUCCGGUUCGGGCGGCUCCAGCACAGGCCGGAAUCCCUCUGUGUCUCCUGAUCGCGGCGUGACACCCACCUCGCCCUACUCAGUGCCGCAGAUCGCACCGAUGCCGAGCAGCAAACUGUGCCCAUUGUGCAAAACCACAGAGCUGUCCAACCCACCGGCGAUACCCAACUACAACACCUGCACCCAGUGCAAGGCCACCGUCUGUAACCAGUGUGGAUUCAACCCCAACCCGCACCUCACUGAGGUCCAGGAGUGGCUGUGUCUGAAUUGUCAGAUGCAAAGAGCCCUUGGCAUUGAUAUGACCACACCCCGAUCCAAGAGCCAACAGCAGAUUCACUCUCCGUCCCACCAAGCCAAACUCAUCGUUCAGCCUCAGCAGCCUGCACCUCAGCCAAUACAGCCAGCAGCAGUGGCACAGCCCAAACCUUUGGCACAGAGUCAACCCAACCAGCAGCAGCAGCAACAGCAGCAACAGCAACACCAGCAGCAGCAGCAGCAGAAGCAUCAGUCUCAGCCUUACGGAGAAAGUCAACCCUACUCCCAGGCCCAGCCAUACUCGGCGGCCCAGCAGUAUCCCCAGUCUCAGCCCCAGUCAUACCCUGGGUCCGAGCCAGGGCCCCUGACUCAGCCGCAUACCUCUCCAGGCUUGCAGACACACCCAGGUUUUGGCGGCCCCCAGACUCAGACAGGGUCUUUUCAGCAGGGCAUGAGGUCUGACCCAUACUCUCAGAGAGGUACCGGGGCUCCAGGAGCUGUUGGAGGUCCUGCAGGAGGCCUCAACCAGCCCGGGGGUCCACGGAUUCCCCACCCUUGUGCUGUGCCCCUCCCUGGCUUGGCCAAGGCUCCAUCCCAACCAGAUUUGGGUCGCGGUUCUCCAAUGCAUCAUUCUAUGGCGAGGCACCAUGACCAGACCAGAAGCGCUGGCUCCUCCCCAGCCCACAGACCUCAGAGUCAGGCUCCUCCUCCUGCCCAGGACGGUCUGACCAAACUGUUUGGCUUCGGGGCAUCGCUGCUCAAUCAGGCGAGUACCCUGAUCAAUGUUGACCCUGUAACCACUGCCUCCACCCAGCCAAGCCCUGCACGAGGCAAGGUGGUGUUCAGCAAUGCAAAUCCGGACAACAAGCAGCAACAAGGGGCUCCUGGCACAAUGGGAGGCCCUCAUGGUCCAAAUCAAAUGGGUGGCCCACAAGCGACAGGUCAAAUGGGUGACCCACAAGCAACGAGUCAAAUGGGUGACCCACAAGCAACGAGUCAAAUGGGUGGCCCACAUGCAACGAGUCAAAUGGGUGGCCCUCAUGCAACGAGUCAAAUGGGUGGCCCUCAUGUGCCGAGCAAAAUGGCUGGUCCUCAUUCGUCAAGCCAAAUGGGGCUUCCUCAUGCGCAGAGCCAAAUGGGAGGCCCUUAUCCAUCAAGCCAACUAGGAGGCCCUUAUCCACCGAGCCAACUGGGGGGGCCUCAUGCGCUGAGCCAAAUGGUAAGUUCCCAAAUUGGUCGACCGCAUGCACCAACCCAGAAGCAGCAGACCAUGCCCUAUCAACAAGGAAUGCCGCAACAACAGUCUACCGCGCAUCAUCAAAAAGGGCCGCAAGGACAGCAACAUCAGCAAACACCUACUCAUCUGCAAAAGGCGCUACAGAAGCAAGAGCCCGUGGUGGCCCCUGUGCCUGCUCCAGAUCCUGUGAAGCCUAAAGUGAACUGUCCUCUUUGUAAAACAGAACUGAACAUCGGCAGUUCCAACCCACCCAACUACAACACCUGUACGCAGUGCCAAGGCAAAGUGUGUAACCUGUGUGGCUUCAACCCCACACCACAUCUGGUGGAGAAAAAGGAGUGGUUAUGUCUCAACUGCCAGACCCAGCGGCUGAUGUCCGGAGGUGGCCUCAACGAUCCUCCACUUCCUGUUCCUCAACCGUCUCCCAAGCACCAGCCAAUGGGCUCGCCCCGUCAGCAGGUGCCGGCCACUCAGCAAAGCCCUCUCCACAAAGCCACCAAUCAGCAAGGGCCCAGGCCGGCCCAGCCCCAGACCCAGAAAGGGCAGGCGGGAACUGGUGGUAGCGGACAGUUUGCGCCCAAUGCCAAUGCCAGACAACUGAUCGACUCCAAGACCACGACACCUGCUACAGCACCAGUAUUGACCAAGGAGACACAGAAACAGCCAUGGCCCGCAGCGGAGAAACCCAAAAUCGAGCCUGAACAAACUGCUAAAGACACCAAAUCCUCCCAGAGGAAUGGAGAGCAGAUCACACCCAUUAAAGAAAUCAAGAAGUCCAGGCAUUAUGACGAUAAAAAAAACAACAGCACCCAUGAUUUGUCACGCAGCCCUCAGAGCCUCAGUGAUACCGGUUACUCCUCUGAUGGCAUCUCCAGCUCCCACAGUGAAAUUACAGGUCUAAUCCAAGAAGAAGAGAUGAAACUGAGUGAGAGGGGGAUAAGUGGGCGGGGUUCCCCACCAAGCCCUUCGGAAAUUACCAAGCUAGAAAGCUCCAUGAGGCCUUUGCUGGAGAAGAGCCUUUCUGAAGAUAAGGUGGAGAGAAGGGGGAGGAAGCACAGAGACAGAGACUUGGAUGACAGGGGGAAGCAGCGCCCACGCUCCUUGUCAAUCCCACCAGAUUCAUAUGACUCUGAUGAGGAACUAGAAGAUAUACUAGAGGAAGAAGAAGAUGGAGGAGACUGGGAGGGUAAACGGAAGGAAGGGAAGGAGGAGAAGAAAGAAAAGAAAAAGAGGGAAAAAGACGCUGAGCCCACAGAGAUGACAGAUGAGGAGUUCAUGAGGAGACAAAUAUUGGAGAUGAGCGCUGAUGAAGAUAACGAGGAUGAGGAAGAGAUGGAGGAAGAAGAAGAUGAGGAAGAUGAAGGAUAUGGCUACCAGAAACCCAAGAAAAGCCACCACAAACACCUAAUCUCUGACUCAGGGAAAGAAAAACGACGUCUUCAGCACCACUCCAGCAGUUUUGAGGAGGAAACUAAGAGCUCUACCGAUGUUUAUAAAGGCUCAGUGGAGGAAGGUGAGGAAGAUGGGAUGGCAUCACAAGGAGGAUUGAGGCGCUUCAAAACCAUUGAACUCAAUAACACCAGUAGCUACAGCCGAGACAUGGAGUUGGGAAAUGAAAAUGACUUGAGCCUUGAUCGGGAACCAGAGCUAGAGAUGGAGAGCCUGACAGGAUCUCCUGAGGAGCGUUCUCGAGGUGACUACUCCUCGACUCUGCCAGCCACUUCAUCCUCAUAUGGCUCAGGCCAGUCACCUACCUCCAUCUCAUCAAUGGAGGAGGACAGUGACAGUAGCCCCAGCAGGAAGCAAAGGCUGGAAGAGGCCAAGCAACAGAGAAAAGCACGUCACCGCUCCCAUGGCCCUCUCCUUCCCACCAUUGAAGACUCUUCAGAGGAGGAUGAGUUGAGAGAGGAAGAAGAACUUCUGAGAGAGCAGGAGAAGAUGAGAGAGGUGGAACAACAGAGAAUAAGGAGCACAGCACGAAAGACCAAGAGGGAUAAGGAGGAGCUGAGGGCUCAGAGGCGCAGAGAGAGGUCCAAGACACCACCAAGCAAUCUCUCACCCAUUGAAGAUGCUUCUCCAACAGAAGAGUUGAGACAAGCUGCAGAAAUGGAAGAGCUCCAUCGUUCUUCUGCUUCUGAAUAUUCCCCUCAGAGUCUGGACUCAGAGGCUGAGGGAUACGAGUCCAAACUUUACAAGUCAGGCAGUGAAUACAACCUACCUACCUUUAUGUCUCUCUACUCGCCAAUAGAGAAACCAACUACAACAACCACCACAGCACCAUCUUCAACUUCUAAACCGCUGAAGAGCGCUGAGGAGGUUUAUGAGGAGAUGAUGAGGAAGGCAGAGAUGCUUCAGAAACAACAGCAGCAACAUGGAAGAAAUGGGCAGUACUACGAAGAAGAUGUUAAUGGUCAAGGCUAUGAUGAAGAAGAUGAAAAUCAACAAGAUCAAGCAGGAUAUGAUAACGAAGCAGCAGAGGCAGAAACAGAUAUUUACGAGGAGAUCCGACAAACAUCUCAGAACAUCACCAAGAUGCAGCAAGCCACUGAUGAGCAAGUAGAGAUUGAGAUUGAGAGCUCUUACUCAGACAAACAGCUCCUAGACACAGGCUCAGCCUUUGCUAAGCUACUAGAGCAGAGCAAUGCUUUACUUACUCCAGGGACCAGCCCCACCCAGAUCUCAGCUCCUGUCACCUUUGCUGAGACUGUAGGACGAAUUCCUGAUGUCAGAGUAACACAGCACUUCUCUGCAAAAGAUGGACACAAAGAGAGGAUCAAAAGCCAAGCAGGAAAGAAUGGAAUAACUCCAACAGUGGCUGCCACCACUAUUGCUGCGUAUGGAGUGUAUGCCAGAGAUGCAGUAACUAUUACUCAGACUAGUUCAAGCCACACAAUGACAUCUACUCAGUCUGGUAUCUAUGGCCGACACACGUCAAGCCCUGCCACAUCUUCAACUACAGUCUCAAGUGUAUGCAGCAAGAUUGCAGAGAUUACCCAGGCCUACAGUCAAAGAGAAGUGAUUACCAGGAGGGUAGGGGAGACCAGAGAUAUCCAAGUGCGAGACAGCCCAACAUCGUCCACUGAGAGAAUUAUUGAGCCACGCUCUCCAAAGUAUACUACUUAUUACAGGAGCACUAGUCCUCCUCUUUCUCCAUCACCACCACCACAUAGUCCUACCCGUUCACCUACCAGAAGGAAUACAGCUGAGUUCUCCACACAGACUUUCAGUUCAGCAUUGCGGAUGUCAGAGACAGCUUCCUCUGGGCCUACAUCUCCAGUGUCAGCGCAGGGAACCCAAACAUCGCAUCGAUCAGUUUCUCCACGGCUCUAUCGUCAGCAGUCUUCCCAGGAUGUCCCAUACUCCCCACCUCCAAGCCCAGCAAGGUCAAUGAUAGUCAACACUGCUACUUCUCCCCUGUCAUCACCUACCCGAUUUAGCCGCCAAUCAACAUUUGACAAUUACUCCCCAUGUGGCAGCCCUCCAGACACACCACCUUACCAACAGUCUCCUCCACGUAGCUUCUACGGAACACAAAGAGUGGAGAAAGUAAAUGUGGGAACAAGUAUGGUCACCACAGCCUGCACUUAUACCAGAGGGUCCAUGUCAAUGGACAACAUCUCCCUCUGUCGAAUAUCUACAGUUCCAGGUACUUCUAGGGUGGAGCAGGGCCAUAUGAUUCAAGGCGGAAGUGUUGUGGACCCCAGAACAGUAAACCAUCCAACUCCUAUGAUCAUGACUGACCAGGGUAUGGAUCUCACCUCCUUGGCUACUGACAGCAGGAAAUACUAUGGUGGAUCAGAAGGUAGCCAACAUGCAACAAGUGUACAGCCAUUGAUUAUGAACCUGAACACUCAGGAGAUCAUCACACCAACAACGGUGAGUGUCACAGUGGCUGCUUCCAUGUUUAUGACCCAGCCCAAACAGCCAACAAUAUAUGGGGAUCCCUAUCAAAACCAAGUGGAUUUGGGACAGGGCAUGGGUUCUGCUGUGUGUCUUUCGCAAAACAAACCACCAAUUUCACCUCCAACUGACCCAACAAUACCAAAAAUUGAUGCCAAACUGGAAGACCUCAGUAUCCAACAGAGAGAGCUACAAAUGCAGCAAGAGACGCUGCAGAAGCAACAACAACUCCUUGAACACCAGUUGCAGCAACAUCAUCAGCAACAGGCAUCUGCUUUGGCCAGGUACAGCCUUACUGGCCAGAUCUCACCUUUAAUGAAAAAAGACCUGCUAGUCAGUCAGACUAGUACUACCUCAGCUGUGGUCAGUGCUGUAUCGCCAGUCAUUAACCCUGAGCUCUAUGGCUCUGGUCCAGUUGAGCUGAAAGGGAAGCCAAGUCUUCCUGGUUUGAUAUCAGGAAGUAAAACACCACAUAGCAUGGUAGUACAGAUGAAUGGAGAGCCAGAGAAGGCCAGGGCAAUGACUCAGCUUGUUAAGGUAGAAGUGGGACAGGAUGCUAUGGACCUGACAGGAGGCCAAAUUAAACCUGAAAACCAACCAGCUUGCUGUGAUGUUGUUUACCAACUUCCAUUUGGUGGAAGCUGUGUUGGUGGUGAGAAAGAGUGCAUAAGGCCUCCAUCUGCCCCACCUCUCACCUAUGAGUCUGACCAAGAACGACUACCAGAAGGUUAUCAGGAAUAUUCAAUGGAUGAACGUAAGGCCUAUACAUUACCUUUCCCUGGUAGGCUUCAGCCUUCAAUGUCUGAUACAAACCUAGCUGAAGUUGGGCUACAGUCCUACCAUUCUAAACUAGAACCGCACCUCCAAGGCCCAGGAGAAAUUGCCAUUGAUCUUACUGCAAUGAAACAGGGUUAUGGAGGAUUUAUUGGGAUGCAGUAUGGCUCCUAUACAGAUUUACGGCAUGGAGGAGACAUCACAGCCCAAACCCUGCCUAUAAGGAGAUAUAAUUCCUUGUCCAACAUCAGUUCAGACUAUGGCUAUACUGCUCGUGACCUUGCUGGCUUCCAAGAAGCUAACUUGGCUCAGUACAGUGCUACAACUGCCCGGGAGAUCAGCCGGAUGUGUGCAGCUCUUAAUUCCAUAGAUCGAUAUGGAAGCAACCCAGACUUGAUGCAGUUUGGUAAUUUGGGGAGAGGAACCGGGCCUGGGGCUUCCAGACUUGCAGCAGGUCUCGGCAUGAGACAAAACCUCCUUUUUGGACUAGAUGGGAAGUCAAUUUCCCACAGUCAAGCGCUAACCAACCUUAUCAAUGCCAGGCAGGCCAGUCUCAGAGCAAUGUACCCUGCUGCUAUUAGGUCAGCUGACGGGAUGAUCUACUCCACCAUUCAGACACCCAUUGCUUCUACACUUCCCAUCACAACACAGCCUGCCUCUGUUCUUCACCCACUACUGAGGGGGGUCUACAGGCCAUACCCAUCUGCCAACAUGACACCUGUGCCCCUAUCCAGUCUUAGCAGACUACCAAUGAGCCCAAGAAUACUCUUAACUGGGCAAGCUCCAGUCCGCUACCCAGCACCAGGUCUUCUCCAAACAACGUCAACCACUGCAACUUCAGCUGGUGCAGCGACAACCCAAGUGUCUGUUUCCAUUACAAGUACUAGUUCUACAGUCCAGGAUGAACCAGUUUACCUCGGUAAAAGUGCAUCCUCAUCAGCGGAGGUACAAGGAACAGUUGUAAUACCAAUGGAGCCACAGCAGCAGCCAAUAAACCUGUCCCAGGCCCACCUGAACAGUCAACAACAACAACAACAACAACAACAGCAGCAAGUUGCAUCUGCUCAGCAGCCACAACAGCCUCCUCCAGCAGCCCAUGCCUACCCACCCUCAACUCCUUCACACACUCAUGGCUACACCCAACCACCAGUUGCUCCCUCUGUCCCCACUAGUGGCUUACCCAUUGCAGGGGGUCUUCCUCCAUUCCCCCCACCAGGUGCCAUACACAAGGAGGGUGAAACCGAGGCAGAGAGGCUCCAUCGGCAGCAGGAGCAGCUUCUGCAGAUGGAGAGGGAGCGUGUGGAACUAGAGAAACUUCGGCAACUGCGCCUGCAGGAGGAGCUGGAACGAGAAAGGAUAGAGCUGAAGCUGCACAGGGAUAAGGAGCAGAUGCUUGUGCAGAGAGAGUUACAUGAGCUGCAGAACAUCAAGGAACAGGUCCUACAGCAGCAGCAGCACGAACGCGAGAAGCAACUUGUUCUCCAGAGGGAGCAGUUGGCGCAGCAAAAGUCACAGCUAGACCAGAUCCAGUCUCUGCAGCAGCAGCUCCAGCAGCAGCUUGUAGAGCAGAAGAGACAGAAAACGGCUGCAGCUCAGAGUGUACAGCUUGAUGUGAACGGACAGCCACUACCCCCGUACAUGGACUCUCAGAUCAGCUCCCGCUCUCUCCCCAACUCCUCGUCAGAGAUGUGUCUAAGGAGCCAGCAGGAGCCCAUGGAGAGCAGGAGCAACAUGAGGAAACACAGUUCCAUGACUAGGUUGAGCCGCGACAGCUUGGACGGUGACGGCGUGGUGUAUUACGGCUCCCCCCGCAGGAUCGUGGACAGCUCUGUGCAGACAGACGAUGAAGAUGGAGAGGAGAGGUACAUGAUGCGCCAUCGCACCAGAAGGCGUGGUCGUAGUGUUGACUGCUCAGUCCAGACAGAUGAUGACGAGGACAAGGCUGAGACUGAGCAGCCGGUCCGAAGAAGACGCUCCCGUUUCUCCCGGCACACUGAGUCCAGUGCCGCUGGCAGCAGCACUACCGCCACAUCCACCACGGCCUCUAACACCAAGAUCGAAACUCCCAAGAUGGUAUCCUCCAGUAUUGCCAUCCAAACCAUCAGGGAGAUGUCUUGCCAGACAGAAGUGGAGCACUUAGGAAGAGUCUCCCCAGUAAUCCAUGUGACAGUACCAGACCCGAAUAAAGUAGAGAUUGUGCACUACAUCUCCGGACCUGAGCGGACCCAAAAGGGACAGUCUCUAGCAUGCCAGACUGAUCCAGAAGCUCAGUCACAGGGUGUUGUAGCUCCCCAGCUCAGUGUACCAACCACGGUCAGUCCAUAUUCUUCCUCUACCAGUACUGGAACGCAACAAUCUGGUUCUGUCGACCUCCUGACCCAGCAGCGCCAGCAGAUGCAAAUUGCAGCAAACGCAGCCAAGUUUGAGCGCCGCCGGCCCGACCCGCUCGACAUCAACUCCCAGCCUCACAACCACCUUCACAACGAUUCCAUCUCCAGCAUCAUCCGGCAGCAGCAGACAACCACCAAAUCCCCACAAGUCCUCUACUCUCCUGUCUCCCCGGUGUCCCCUCACCGCCUGCUGGAGAAUUCUUUGUCCAAUGAGAGGCUGAACAAAGCCCAUGUCACACCUCAGCAGAAGUCCUACACAGCAGAGUCCCCCCAGAGACACCCGUCUGUGCCCCGACCAAUUAAGAGUACCCAGAGGUCCAUGUCAGACCCCAAGCCCCUCAGUCCCACUACAGAUGAGCACACCAAGGCCAGGCUGUCCCUCUACCAACAACAAGUUCUCCAGAGCCAGCUGGCAGCUCUACAGCAAAGCUCACUGCUCCGCAAGGUUAAGCGAACCCUGCCCAGCCCUCCUCCAGACGAGACCACAGCUCACCUGCCCAUGAUGGCACCUGCCCUCCAACAGGUCUACCUGCCACCCGUGCCCAGCCUCAAGCCCAGCUCCAGGUCUGGCCUGGCUGCCAAAGCCAGCCUCCUCAAAGACCUGACCCACGAGCUAAAGGCCGUGGAGCAAGAGUCAACCAAGCUGAGAAAGCAGCAAGCUGAACUGGAGGAAGAAGAAAAAGAAAUUGAUGCUAAACUGAGAUACCUAGAGUUGGGGAUCCACCAAAGGAAAGAUACACUGGUCAAGGAGAGGGAGAGGAGGGAUAUUGCCUACCUCAGGUGUAUGGGGGAUACAAGGGACUACAUGUCUGACAGUGAGUUGAAUAAUCUACGUUUUGCAGCUGCAGCCGCCUCACAUGAGACCAAUGGGCUACUGUCAACGAGGCCAAGCACCGCCCCUCUAAGUCAGUUCACCAACGACCUAAAUACAGCAGCCCAGUACCCUCCUACCUCAUCCUUUCUGUCCUGUCAGUACCCCCAGAGCCAACCGGUAGCACCAAUGCAGCAAUCAAGUGUGCCGUACCAGUCUUCAUUCAACCAGCCUCCCUAUCCCACAGUGUCUCAGUCCCAGGCACUGCCACAGCCCACGCCUCUUCAGAGCCAUGUCCCACCACCUGGACCUUCUUACCAGCCUCAAACCUCUUACCCCUCCCACACCUAUCCCCAAGCUCAGCCCCCAUAUCCCCAGACAGACAUGGGGUUACCAGCUGCACCUCAGCCUCAGCCCCAACCGGGGCAUACAGGUUUUGGACCUGCACCACCUGGUCAGCCCCCAUACCCCACCCACAAUUCACCCUAUCCCAACAAUGUGUCCUCCUACCCCAGCCAGACCACUCCAUACCCUGGGCAGCCCCAAGCUGAGAUCCUAACAGUCCACCCAGGAAGACCAAGGCAGACAUCGCUGGCCGAUCUGGAGCACAAGAUGCCCACCAACUACGAGACGAUCAGCAACCCCACAGUUGUGGUCACCACCACUGCCCAGGACUCUACCUAUUCCAGUGUAGCCCCCUCUUAUUGUCAGUACACUGGAUCGACAACCAUGGCCAGCUCCUAUGGGCCAUAUGGGUCAGGACCAGUAUCCAGCAGCUACGGUGGGUACUCUACCAUGCCACCCAGCACUUAUGGCCAGUAUACUUCAUCUUCAGCUAAUUCAUAUGGCCAGUACACCACAACCACUGCUAAUACAUAUGGCUACACCACCACCACAGCCAGCUCAUAUGGACAGUACACUUCUACAGUGUCCAAUGCCUAUGGGCACUCUGUAGACAGUCCCUCCAUAUACAGCACUGCAGAUGGAAUGUAUGGGGCUCCUGGCUUAGAGCAGAACAUUCCAAGAAACUACAUGAUGAUUGACGACGUAAGUGAGCUUACGGCAAAAGACGGGCUGGGCACGACAACAGGGGACAUGAUGCAUCAUGGCGGCAGUGGGCGUUACCCGGGCGACAUCCACGGCCACAUCAGCACCAUUGGCAGCACUACGCGUGGGGGAACUGGCAGCUCCUCGUACGGCAGGGCGCCAGAAGAGGAAGCAGUGAUGCAGGAAGAGCUGUACGACCAUCACGGCAGGGGUAAGAGCAACUACAGGCACGGACCUCUAGGGGGCAGCAGCAGCAGCGUGAGCUCUAGCAUGGGUGGGGGAUCCUCCUAUCACUAUGACUACGACAACAAACAUGGCAGCAUCCGCUCCGGGGUACAGAAACCUUUGUCUUCCUCCAGAAGCCUUCUGGCUCCUGCAGUCAUGUCCUCCAAGCACAGGAAACUGGGGAGUAUGGAGCAAAAAAUCUCCAAGUUUUCCCCCAUUGAAGAGGCUCGGGAUGUAGAGGCAGACCUGGCCUCCUAUUCCUCAGCAACAGUGGGGGCUUACCCCUCCGCUCACAUUCGAGGACGCCAGCUGAUCGAGGAUUAUGGCUUCAAGAAUAAUACUUAUGAGGGCGGCAGUGGCACCACUCAUGGUAGUCGACACCAUGGUUCAAAGGUGGAGGAGGACGAUCGUAUUUACUACAACUCCACCGGCCGCUCCCGUUCCACUGGCUAUGGGAUGGACAAGAUCUCAGCCAAAGACUACUCUGGGUAUCGCAGCCGAUCCUACGAGAGGGACGACCACUCCUACCGAUCUGGCUACAGCCGAGGGCGCAAUCCAACCCGGCAGUACUCUGAAGAGGAGAGCCCGCUCAGUCCCCUGAGGAGGUUCAUGGGUUCGGGGCGAUCAUCAAGCUUAGGUCCCGACCCGUACGACAGUCGCAGCAGUAGAUGUCACUACUAUUAUGACCAGUACGGUUCCAGCCACUCGCUGCCAGAUGUCCAAGACUACAUACGAGACCUUCCCAGGACACAUGUCUACAAAUCGGAUGAUACAUACAUUAUAGACGAUUAUCAUUGCGCUGUGUCAGACAGCGAAGCCUACCAUCUUGGCCAAGAAGAAACGGACUGGUUCGAGAAGCCACGCUCCAGUUCUCGACACUACGGCAGCAGCCACUCAUCUGGGAGGAGCCGGCACGGUGUAAAACAUACCUACCAUGAUUAUGAUGAGCCUCCUGAGGAGGACCUGUGGCCCCAGGAUGAGUACGGCCACGGAGGGAGACACUCUACAUCCCGUGACCACAGGCAGCAAGGCAGCUCUGGCCGUCACUCAUCCGCAUCACGUCAUUUAGAUGAGCAGAGGUCCUCAAGGUCAUCCAAGGGACACCCGAAAGACCCAUCAAUGCGCCAAGACCCAUCAGUACGAUCUUCAUCUACAGGAAGGCAUGGUGAGUCUAGGUCCGGAGCGUACCACUCCGCGGAUUACUCCCGAGAUCCAUCUGGGAACCACCAUGGACAGCGCUCCUCCAGACAGGGGGACCCACACCGUUCCUCACGGAGCAAGUCACAGCCGCCAGUGGACAUGCAGGGCCAACCACCUGGCUCCUCCAGGUCUGGCAGCUCUACCCGGGCUCAGGGCCCCGCCGGAGGGCCUCUGGGAUCAGGACGACAGGGUGGUCCAGGUUCCCAGACUGAUGGAGCUCCAGGACAGAGGACUCAGCUCCAACAACAAGCCCAGACAUCAGCGGCCAGGUCAGGGCAGCCUGGUAUCGCAGUCACCACCGGCCCUCAGCAGCAGCCCCUAGCCCAGGGACAGGGCAUGGGCAUGGGCAUGGGUAUGGGACAAGGCCAAGCCAAGCCAGGACAGAUGGGUCCUGCCGGUGGACCCAUGGGUCAGGCCAGGCAGAGCGGUCCUGCCGGAGCCACUCCAGCCAACAUGGCCAAGAUGGACAUGCCUCCAGUAACAGCGAUUGGAGCAAAGGCAGCGCCGGUCAUGGCCACUAAAGUCGCACAGCCACCACUCACAGGCAUAGGCUCCAAGGCAGGUCCUAGGCCAGGAGGUAUUGGCAGUGCAGCAGCAGGUCAGCCUGGCAUGGAGGGAGACAGCAUGUUGUCCAAGAUGCUCCCUGGAUCUGCCGCUGAGCAGGCCGGCAAACUGGGAGAAGCUAUCACCGGUUUUGGCAAGAAGUUCAGCUCCUUAUUCUGAGGUGUUAAAAUUAAGGGCUCUGUAAAUGUUAAAUGACCAAGUCACGAGGCCCCGUACCAGAAAAACCUGUGAAGUCCCCGACCCGCCAGCUUGUUUACUAAGAGAGAGAGAGAGAAAGAGAGAGGAGAGAGAGAGGAAUAAAGAGAGAUGAGCAUACUGCCAACGAGGACUGGAAUCCUCUGGAUACUUCAUGUCUCAGGCCUGAGCACACACUGGCAGAGAGAACAUGUGGCUCUCUCUGGCAGACCGGACAAUCAUGUCGAGCCAACAUCCAUCUUUAGAAGGACUGCAUCCAGGGACCCCAGCCAACGAACGCGGAGCCCGAGAACCGACCUGUAGCAGUUGAACACAUCUCCACCCAUUCACCAUCAAAGAGCUACUGGCUGCCAAAAACUACAGCGAAAUUAAAAGAAACAGUUUUUGUUUGUGUUUUUGCUGUUUCUCUUCCGUGCCAGGAGAGGAAGCUCUACUUACAUCACAAGAGAUCCACUCGGCUGUAGCAGAGAGUGGAAACAACUAAUACAUGGCUGAAGCAAUUCUACUCCUAUAUGCUGACGACUCAACAGUUCAUAGGAGAGCUGCUUGUUCCUGCUUUGCGGGAAAUGGCACCUUCACCACAUUUAUGGUGGCAUGCAAGGAUCCUUGAUUUCACAGUCCUGUGCUCAAACUCGGAAUAAGAGCAACUAACCGGCCUCUCUCCUCUUUUUUAUCUCUUCUCCCAAGUAAACAAUGAGUGGGGGAGCUAAGGAAUACAACUUGCUGUGGUACUGCAGGUUUUUCUGAUACUAAAGACCUCUUGUUACUUCACCUGUUGUGAUGAAGUUAAUUGAAAUGUCACGUUGGAUGAAUACGACAAUGCUAGCAGCGUUCGCAUCUCUUUCCACGGUUUAUUUCUAUCUACAUUCCAGUUUGGAACUGUUAAUACCUUUUGCUCCCUCGGUUCCUCACCUCUCUGCGUUUCUUCAAUGCUGAUUCUUCUUUCUUUCAAUCCCCACCCAACGAUCCUCAACUCGCCAUGUCUUUAAAGAAGUAUAUAGUAAAAAAAAAAAAGUAGGAAUUUGGAAUGCAUGGAACUUUAUAUCCAAGACCUUACACUGUUCAUCAUCACUUAACAGAAGCCAACAAGACACUGGCAAACACAUCUUAGCUAGACGACGUAAACAAUAACAAAGAAAUGAGAUUUCCGAAGCAACACACAGGAAUUGGGCCACGGGAAUAAGAAGAGCCUUUGGUUUUUUAAGAGAAGAAAAAAAAAACGAUAUGUGGUGUAGACGGGUUGUUAUUCAGCCAUUGCAGAGCCAUUAAGACAACAUUUACCUGCAGUGCUUGUGGUGAUGGGGUUUCUCCGACUACUCCACAACAUAUGGCUCUCAGAUAUUUCUCAUGUUGUUGUUGGUUAUCAUUCUGUUCUCUCUUAAUUUGUUCUAAUUUUGUUCUUAUAUGCCUGGUUUUUAUGUUGCAGGUUACCAAUAUCGCCAUAAUCAUUCUUAACUACUCUUGUUUUGAAGUUAAACUGGCAUAUUUUUUAUUACACCGUGAAACACAUAUUUUCAUUACACCCUUUUUUUAUGUAGUGUUAUUAACCGGAACACUGGCCACAGUGAGAUUUAUUUAUAUUUAUAUUCUUUGUUUUUGAUAAUUGUUUGUGACAUUUUUCAUUUAUUUAUGCUUUGUGAUGUUGUGUUACUACAUUCAUCAUGCCCCCUGUCAAUUUUCUGACUAGUUAUUAUUAAUACUUAUAUAAGCAAUAGAGUAAGUGGUAAGAAAGUAGAAAGCACAAUAUUGUGUCAUUUUAAAAGUUGGUGGUAAAGAAACGUAUUGCCUCCAUCUGUCUUACUUACCACUGAUGUACCACUUAAGUCUGACUUAAUUGUACCGCGAAGGUACUCUAACAUUGUGCUACUGCUGGACUAAUACAUCAGAGAGCAGGUGCUCAUCUACAAACAAGAGUGUGAUGCCACCCAGAUCUUCUCCUCCAUCAUGUCUUCAGUCAGCCGGUCAGUGGAUCGGAGUGAUGCGCUGCUUAUAAUCGCUCACUUGAGUCUGAUCUGAAAGCACUGCAGGGCAGCAGAGAGGCACUAAAGCGCAGACCAGUCACACAGCGCGGCCCAACCGGACUAGUUGUCGUCACCUACGGGGGUUUGGGUUCCAAUAUGAUCAUUCUGACCCUCCGAGAUCGAUGUUCAUCGAUACGUACAUCAGUGCGUAUCAGUGUGUGUCUUCACUCUGUCAAAUGUGCACAGCACACGUGAAAGCACACUCGUAAAUGGUGUUAAAAGAAGAAAAAAUUAAAAAAGAGUCAGCAUUCAUGUGACUGAGGAACCAAAAAUAACACACUUGGUUGUGUCACAAAGUCCCUCUGCUUUUUUUUUAGCUCUUCAUUUUCUAUUGUGAUGGCGUCCAGACUUGUAACCCAACCCCCGAAAACCUCUCUCUCAGACUGUCAGUUGUCUUGGAAACUUCUCAGGUCAGUGUUCUCCCUGCUGUUGCUCCUGCAGUGCAUUGUGGGAUCUGAGGUUCGGCACUCAAAACUCUGUCAGGCCAAACAUUGCGAGGCCUUCAGCAAAACCAACGAACCAACCAACUUCUGCUGUAUAUUGUCUGUGUGAACGCUCGCUGGGGACCGUCGCAUGCUGCCCGGCGCAGAAAACCUCAAAGUAACCUCUAUAUUGUUCUGUUCCUAAUGUUUGUAUGUAUGUGUGUGGGGGUCUGUCUGUAAGCGUGUAUUUAACAACCAUCAUCCAACGUGGAAAAAGAAAAGAAAAUGAGACAAACAUGAGUUCAACCACAACAAACAUGGUGGACAGAAGAGGCGACCUCUCAUCUCCAGUCCUUCUAUGCAAUUAAUCAUAUUUUGAAGAAGAAAAAAAAACAGAAACACGAGAAGGGAAGUGAAUACACAAAUGGGAAUAGUCACACGAUCAUGAUUAAUCACACCUGAUUCAUGAUCAGCUUCUUGAUAUCAGUAAUGUCAAGAUUGCCUUGGCAUCCUCCAUAGUUCAAGAUAAGGAGAUUAUGUGAAUGUGUGUCUGUAUAAGAUAGGUCAAUAAAAAGUUAGGAAAUAGCUACAAGGGGAUUUGUAUGACUUGUGUAAACAUGGCACCUGCUUCAUCGUCCCCUCCCCCUUCCUAACUGGGAAUCUCUGCCAAAAGGGUCUCUCUAAAGAUGUGUUGAUGACAGCUGGGAAGUUACACUUAGAGUUGAGGGUUGCUGCCACAGAUGUGCCACUGUUUUCAAUCAAAACUUUUUAUGAAGUCAUAAAAUACAACUCUCUACCUAAACAAGAAAAUUAACUUGUCAAAUCAGUAAUUCCCAUUUAAAAUAGUCUGUUUGAAAGGAAAACUGCAUUAAAGGAAAAGUAAAAAGUCUCUCAAAAAAGGCUUCUCUGUAAAUAAUAAUCUCUUCGCUGGGUAUAAGAGCCGGUAUAAGAGAAGUAUUUCCCAGAAAUAACAAGGAAAUAAAAUGCAUUUAAAAUGAUCAGUUGUCCAGAAAAGAAACAAAAGAGAAAAGUUGUCCAGAGAUUUACGUAGAAAAUAAAGAUGUUUAUGACUAUAGACUAAAUACAAUAUAUAUAAAGAUUUAGAAGAAACUAAUAAAAAGAAUAACACAUUAAGAAUAUAUUCCCUGAUAUGGGUUGUGUCUGCUCAGGGGUGAAGAAGAAAAGAUCCUCUCAUUUUAUUUUAAUGACCAAAGGUCAUGCUCAUCGGAUUUAUCUGACUAAAAAUACUGCUGAAGGCUACUAGUGAAGUACUAUUCAAGGCAUUCCUAAAUAAUAUUUGUGUGUGUGUGUGUGUUUAACCCUUGUGUUGCCUUCGGGUCAUUUUGACCCGAUUCAAUAUUUAACCCUCCUGUCGCCUUCGGGUCAAUUUGACCCGAUUCAAUGUUUAAUGUCGGUGUUCUUUCGGGAGUCAACAAACAAACAAAAAGUACCUCACACUUAAACUUGGAAAACAAUAUUAAUUCUAAUAAUUUUCUGGAGAUUUUAAUAGCUGGGGUCAUAUUGACCUCAAGGGUAAAAUAUGUUAGUAAAUAUAAAGGUAACAGGAGGGUUAAACAUUGAAUCGGGUCAUAUUGACCCGAAGGCGACAGGAGGGUGAAACAUUGAAUCGGGUCAAAUUGACCCGAAGGCAACACAAGGGUUAAAGGUGCACUGCCACAACACACUUAAGAUUUAAGAGCUAAAUACACUGUGGGACAUACAUUUCUGGGGGGAAAAGUUAUCUAAGUAUAUUUAUGUGCAUUGGUAUUUAUUUGAGUUGCAGCAUGCUGUGAAAAAAAGUUUAUUAUAUAGAAUUUAUUUAUGAAAUUAGGGAUUGAAAAUAUGUGCUUCAUGCAGUUUAAAAACAACACUUAACUUUCAACUCCUUUACAACUACACUUUAAUUCAAGUUACUGAAACUGUAAAAGAAGUCAGUCUAUAUUUUUUGAGAAACAUUUAUGAGAUGAUUUAUCUAUGUCAGAAUUUAUUUUAUCAUACUGAGCGGGGAUAGAGAGCUGGCUAGGAGCAAAGAAAGAGAGAUUUAGGUUUCAAAUCUAUACACACAGAGUGAGAAAUGAUGUUAAUGCCGAUGAUAUCGUUCGAUUUAUGCACCACCACAAUAAUCCGAUUUUUAAGAAUCAGAAAAUCUCUCCGCAUUUACUCUGCCUGAACAGAGAAAUAUGUAUUUUAUGUUAUCACAGUAAAUCUGAUCGGGGGGCUGUAAAAUAAUGUUAGUUGAUGGGUAGCGUAACAACCUGUUCAACAGCACAGGUCACCAUGUGUGUAGCUUGCUUUCAGUUUUUAUAAUAUAUUUUUUCAGCUUCUGUGGAGAGAUUAAAGAGUUAUUAUUCUAGUUGUGUUUCAUCUGAGAGACCACUUCCCACGAACACUGACAUCCAGAUCAGUGACUUCACUUGGAAGCUUCACGUUUGUGUCAAAGUCGAAACAAAUAAUAUGGACGUUUAAAAUUACCCAAAAUUAAUACCAACUUCCUCCAUUGUAUGUCGUAUUUUUGGGAAGUUUGUAAAGAAAUAAUAUGUUCAAUAAAAUAUUCCUCAAUCACUUUUGCCUCAGGAAAGCACACACUAAAUGCAGCAUCGCAACUGAGAUGUUCAAUAGACAUUAGGAAAAUAAUAGGUGCAUUACUUAUGCAGGCGCAAUAAAUCAAAUUGUUUUGUAACACUUUACGACACGAAUGUGAUCUCACCGUGGCCGCGGUUAACCAGUCGUAGUUCCAUAAUUGACUGACGCGGCCAUGAAGGCACGAGGAACGAGAUCUGUGUCAAAAUGUGUCAAAAAAAUUUCUGCUCCUGUGUGAGUACAGCCACUAAAGGUGACUUCCAUAUGCAUAGCAGCAAGGGCUUUUCUAUCCUUUUAUCACUGAACAAAGCCAUCCUGUUACUGCCCUCGAGCCAGUCGUGGUCACGGUCUAUACUCUGCAUGGGGUCUGUCUAAAUCCAGGAGUGCAAGCUCAGACCACAGCAAUCACCAGUGGGCCAAAUCACCAAACAUGGUUUUUCAAAGGUGUUUGAAGCACAAGUGUAGACUAUUUAAAAAAAAGAUCGAACUUCUUUCAAAUCAUGUUUUGGAGCAGAACUCCUGUGUUUAUAGGGUUGCAACCGAACAUAAAGGGGUUAGGUUUCCAGACGUGUAGCCAAGAGAGGUUUCUUCCACCAGAUCUGUGUUUAAAAGAAGUCACAUUUCCCAAACGCUUGACGUGUCUCUCAAUCCGACAUCAAGAGCCUCAGCAAUAAGGUCGCAUUCACACCAUUUUCUUGUUACCCUUUGUGGCACUGAUUUGGUAUCUGCAUUCAGUGUUUUUCCUGACGAAAGAGCCAUGAAAAGGAGAAAGACAAACUGUUAGCGCCACAAAGAGUUCAAAAGAGUCGACGGUAUUCAAAUGCAGCUUGUAAUGCUUUUGGGGAACCGGGACUGUGUGUGUUUCUGUGUUCUUAUCCAAAAAGGUAGCAUCAACAGAUUGUACAGUACGUUGUGUAGACACUGUCACCACUGCUUUUGCUGUCAGUCGGCAUAUAGCAGGACCAGAGAAAGAUUAUACAAUACACACAAAUAUAUCAGAAAUAUAUUUUAAAAAAGGAAAUGUUUCAAUCGCUGAGAGGUUGCAAAAAAACAUUUAAAAAAGAGAGCAAGAAUGUUGAAACAAACAUAAAAAGUCCAUCUUUCACUGUAAAACCAUCAGGGAGCGUUUAUUCAUCUUUCUCAUGUAAUGCAUCUGUAGAAAUUACAAGUGCAUGACCUGGACACCUCCCCCAUCUGACCUAACCCCACACCCCAAUCCUUUGACCUUUAACCUCCCGCCAGUGUAAAUACUAGAUGAGAACCAGAGUCUGCUUUGAACGAACAACUACAUGUAAAUGAAGGACAUGUUCUUUACAACAUGGAAAUCUCCAACAUGCUAACUCACCACAACACACACACAUAUACACACACACACACUCAGGCACGAGAGAGGCCUUUGCACACCACACACAGCGACACAAGCUGGAGCGUAUGCAAGCCUGAACCUCCCUGCCUCAAUGUGUGCUUUGUGUGCAUAAAAACAGCAAAACCUACACAACAAACCAGAGCAUUUGUUGAUUUGAUUAAUAACCGACACAAGUGUGUACGUAUGUGGCUGGCUCGUGCGGACUGUUUAAGACUCAUUAAAAAAAUAUAUAUAUAUAUAUUGUAUUCGGAUAUGAAGAAAAAAAAUAGAUAAAAACAUAUUGGUCUGUGUAGAGUAUCUAUACAUGUUGUGUUUGUAAAAUGAGAUGACAUAAAAAAAAAGAAAGGAAAAAAAAGUGGGCAAAUAUUCUUGCUUCCAUGUAAUUUUUGGGGAGAUGGAGAUUAAGAGGGUGAGCAAAUUGGACAAUGUGUAAAAAGUAGAAGAAAAAAAAUAUAUCACAUGAUAACCCAACUGAAUGAAAAAAAAGGGUGAAAACUAAAUACAGAAAAAGGUGGAGAGCCUAAAAACGAUUACAAAGUGUUCCAUUCACUGUUGUAAGUGCAAUGAGCUCAACUUCCUGUUCCCCCAUUGUAAAACCUUGUGUAUGUUUCCGUGUAUUCCUCCUGUAAAUGGGUGUAGUAGACCUGGUGCAUCAUGCCAUGUAAUGUGAUGAAUGACAAAUUAUGACCUUACAAUACAUUUCAAUCAGGAAAAUAAAGAAAAGACAAAUAAAGAAAAACAGAAACUUC